CGGGGAGGCGGGAGCUCGCUGAGCGGCCGGGCAGCAGGUAAACAAACAAGCGGACGGACGGACGGACAGACAGACAGGCAGACACGCGCCGCCGACAUGGUGUCCCCUGUCACCGUGGUGAAGAGUGAAGGCCCCAAACUGGUGCCCUUCUUUAAAGCCACUUGUGUCUAUUUUGUCCUCUGGCUGCCAACUUCGAGCCCUUCCUGGUUCAGUGCCCUCAUCAAAUGUCUGCCCAUCUUCUGCUUGUGGGUUUUCCUCCUGGCUCAUGGAAUCAACUUCUUAGUCGCACACCGGAGUGCCAGUCGCAUCCUGGCGGGACUCAUAUUCUCAGCAGUGGGAGAUGCUUUUCUCAUCUGGCAGGAGCAGGGCUACUUCAUUCAUGGUCUGCUGAUGUUCGCCAUCACACACAUCCUGUACUCCUCAGCCUUCGGCAUGAAGCCUUUGGACCUGAAAGCCGGCCUGUUGAUGGGCCUCGUUUCCAGUUCCUGUUAUGCCUUCCUGUACUCCUACCUCUCGGGCCCAUUCACCUACUUGGUGGCUGUCUACAUCGCCUUGAUUGGCUUCAUGGGCUGGCGAGCUGUUGCCGGCAUGCAGCUCUGCAAUGACCUCUGGACGUGGACCAAGCUCUCAGCCUGCAUCGGCGCGAUGCUUUUCAUGGUGUCGGACCUGACCAUUGCAGUUAACAAGUUCUGCUUUCCUGUGCCCUACUCACGUGUCAUCAUCAUGGCUACUUACUAUGCAGCCCAAAUGCUUAUUGCACUGUCAGCUGUAGAGAGCAGAGAUGAAGAGGACUUCAGAAAGAGGAACUAGGUGGAGUGCCAAUAGGUUGUGGACAAUGUGGGUUAUAUCUCAGGUGCUGUAGCUGCAUUCACCCCUGAGAGAGAUCUCCAUUUCUCUAGGCACAUUGGUGAUGUUGAUUUUGCUUCUUUGAAGCGUUACCUUUGGGGCUUUUUUUUCAGUGGCUUUCUCUGAAUACUGCUUACUUCAGUGUGGAGUCCACAUCAGAAAGCUUAGACUGUCCCUGCAGUAGCUACUCAUUCCACUUUUCCUCUUUGGAAGUGCUGUACUACUGCAUUGCAUUUGUUAGUCCUGAAACUGAUGCUGAAUGUCUGGGAAGAGGGAGGCUGAUGGAAAGGAGGCUUGGCAGUGCACUGUGCUAGGAGACUUGCUUUCAUUAGGGGGCAGACAGGCCCACAGCUCUGCUGAAGUAAUAGGUAAAAAUUAAUUUCACCAGUAUUUAAGCUAGUCUUUUAGUGCAUUGCAAACUCAGUAUGCAAACUGGAGCUGUCAGAGCCUCUGCUGAAAGGAAGCCCAGGAGCAGAGUAAAAACAGCACUUUCAGAUGAAUGUUGAGCUUUGGAGGCAAUGGCAGCAUGUAGGCUAGCCCCCAGCAAAACCGGAUAAAAGCAAAACACCAAGCAGAGAGCAUGUAGGAAGAGGUGUGCUGGGAUGCAGUGCUGUGUGCUUUGAUCAUGGCUCAUCACUGCUCCAGAGCAGAUCUGUGAAUGUGUCCGAGUGCUAACACGUGGCAGAACUAGGAAAUUCAGGGAAAUCUAUGCAGCCAGGCCGAUGUGUUCUCCCUCUGCCACAUGCGCAGUUACAUGGUGUCAGCAGCCACCAGUGACAGCCGAGGUGUAACGGGAACAUGAAGAACUGUGAUUUUUGCAGAAGGACUUUGAGGAUCUGUCUUACUAACAUACCUCCUAUCUGUGUCCUUAACAUGGCAGAUAGGAAUCUAACCUUUAUGCCUUUCUUCCUCAGGAUUUUAAUGAAUAAUACUCCAUUUACUCAUUAAGCUUUUACAGUACUGCUGCUUGCAGUGCUGCUCCCAAAUCUCCCUGCAAGCAUUUCCUUUGAUGGUGGUUAGUCAAGGCUCUCAUUUUGGUUGUAGAUGGUUGUUGCCUUUUGCCUACUGGUGGCAUAUGAUCAACUUUGCACCACUUCUUUUGGAAAGCCCCUUUUCAGCAGAGCUUCAUGAGAAGCACUGUCUUGUGUGCUCCAAGUGCCUGCCGCUUCCUUCUUGUACUGACACAAAGGCAGCGAGAACAUCAGAACCAUCAGGGCUGGGGAAGCCUAUUUAGUUCUGAUCCAAAUUCUUUGUUCAGUUUGUCCAUCUGCUGAAGCAAGAUUACUUCUGACUUCAAACUUUCUAAAAAAGAUAUAGAAAGAAGUGGCCAUAUUUAUUAAACCAGGUUCAUUUGUGGUAUUUUUCCUCUUAUUUUGGAUACCUUACAGCAAGCUCUGUUUCUGUUUGAAAUUAUCUUGAAUGUGUUCUUUCCUUUCAGUCCAUCUUAGGGCCAUUCCUGUGGACUGAGAUGGUCCCUCGCUGGCUUGUUUCUAAGGCACAACAUUGAGGUGUGCAAAGGAAGCUUGCUGCGGGUUCUUGCACCUCUUCAAACCAAAACAACCAAAACAGACUGCACGACUCUAAUCUGCACAGGCUCCAAAAACCCCUUCAGUACGCUCUCAUGAGCACAGCAAACAGGAGGAGCAACCCUCCAAAGCGUCCUCGUAGGCUGGAAAUCACCGUUGUCUCCAUACCUAGCGUGCCUGGACCAUUCCAGUCGAAAGCCUGGCACUGAAUCCCUGGAACAGUUGGCAGAGCAGGAAUUCCUCUCCGUGAGGCGGUAUGGCAGGGUCAGGGGGUAGUUAUGGGAAGAUUACCAACCCUACUACGUUUCCCAUUGGUGUUGAGAGGUGCUAAGUGGGUUUCGUGUGCCUCCCCAGCCUUGCACAGUGGGAUUCAGCGUGGAAUAGGCAUUGCCUACCCAGGACUCUCUGCAUUAGUGCAAAUACAGCCAGUAUUACAAAAAAAUCUAGGUUAACUGUCCUGACCCUGUAGAAUCAUCUGCUGCUUUUCAGACAGAGAUCAGAAAGGCCAGCUGCAUUACUGAGAGGGAAAGCAUUGUAAAUAGCACAGGCCCGUGUAAUCUCUUCCUUUAAUGCUGUUGUGUAAUACUGUCAGUAUGCAUUCACUGCAGCACCAGGGCCUGCCUGGAGUAAACUGCUAAGGGAAUUUAGAGCCAUACAACAUUUUCAUUCAUCAGUAUUGCUUAUCUCCUGGCCGCAGUGUGAACCCUGCAUUGUAGCUCUCUGUGGAUGUCACCUGCUGCUACUCAGCUUGACAGUUUGCAGAUCUCUUCCAGCUAAGAGGAGACAGAGCAUUUGGGCUGAACCCCACCAUGCUCCCAGGGCAUAAGCAAACAGCAUGUUUCAGUCUGAUUUACAUCUCCCUGUCAUGGGUCAUUCCAGCACACUGAAUCCUUCCUUGCCAGUUUUCCUUUUCCUUGCCCCCCUGGCUUUCCUUUGCUUUGAAGAAAAUGAGUGUGUGUUCAAGUAACCUGUUUAAAAGUUAGAAUGCCAGUGUGAGCCGUUACCUCCCUCUUUCUAGAAAUGAGAAGUCAUCAAUUUUCUGAAGGUGUCUCGGUUGCUUUUAUGCAGUCUUUUUUAUCUUGGCUUCCUGUGCUGUCCUGCUCUACUAUCAGCCAGUGUAUCCUUGCAGAGAAGGCUCUUUUAAGUGUUAAUAGGAAACCUGCCCUCUUGAUAAAAAGAUUCUCCACUCGCUGUCAAGGUGCUGCUUCUGGCGGCAGAGGUCUCUGGGUGGAUCUAGCUAGAUCAUGUUCCUGCCCUUGAACGCGAGGCAGGGCCAUCCGCAUGGGAAGUCAGAAGGAGUCCUGGGCUGUUUGGCAGUUCACCAGCUAAGGCUCUUAAUCUUCAAUCUUUUUCUCCUGCUCUGCAGUUCCUCUUUUAAUCUACAUUACUUGAAUGAAACCAUUUUCUUGGAGGCUGUCUUUCCUGCUGGGGAGAGGCCAGCUGCUGUGGACACUGAUUUGACACAAUUCUGAUUUUCAUAAACCUUGAGAAACACUGAGCGGUUGCUGACAGUUUGUUAAAUACCUUUGGUGGGGGGCGUGUGAAACACUUCCCCUUACUCCCAGUGAGGGCAGUCUUCAAUUCGAAAGGGAGCAAACAAGAAACGGGGCACACAUGAUUGUCUGUGGCAUUGCCAGCCUUUUCUGGACCUGCCUGUUGCCCAUUUACGCAUUGUCAAACUGAGAGGUUUGAUCCAUUCUUCCCCUCUUCCUUUCAGGGACACAGUCUCUGAGGCGCGCUCGCUCUUUGGCCCAGGGACUUUAUAGAGGGGACAAAGCACCCCCCAUACGUGGUGCGUGCCUGGUCACAGCAGUAUUAGCUCCUUCGCUUGCUAAGUACAGAGGCUUUCUUUUUACUACACUGUACUCAAAAGCCCCUCUGAAAUUCCCAUCUACUUCCCAUAACUUGAGGUUAUGCAUACAGUGCAAUUACUUCUGUCCUCUUUCAUUACCAUAGCUAGCACCUGUUGGUAGAGCCUUUGGCUCCUUAUUUGGAAAUAUAACAGUUGUGGCUAAUGUAUGUCAGCCAUAUAUCUCUCUCUGUAGAUAGAUCCUCCUUGUCUUUGCUCACACAAAACUCCCCAUGAAGUCAAAGAAGCAGUGCUAAUCACAGCCUGUUUUUAAUGCUAGUGAUGCUACCGGGCUGUGCUCGUUACAUUAAUAUCAGUAGUGUGAAGCUGAUGUAGAAAGGGCAGGGUGAGAAGAAAAAAGCCAGAGGCUUUUCAACAGCUGUAUUCCCACCUUGGUGAGAAAACUGUGUUACUGCUUUACAGCUGGCUUCUUACCCUUCCAUACUGAGGCAAUUUAAAGACCUGAUUGGUUUAAGAAUAACUCUAAUGUGGCUUUGAAGUAGACUGCUGAAAAUAUGCUGCCAUUGGUGGAAAUAUAUAUACACACAAAACUCCCAAGACAAAAUUUCCAGGAUUUUUUUAGUGUUUCUUCUAAGUUUUCUUGUUCCAUAGUUUGUCACUGAGACCUGUAUGUUUUCAGCUUGGUGUCAUGGUAAUUUUGGGGUUUGUUCUGGAGAAAACAGAUCAUAGCAAACAGCAACUAUAAAGCUCAGUGGCAGGUGCCUCUUUGCUGGGUUUCUGCUUUUAAGCAGAGGCAGUGUGACUGUGAAUUCGGAACAGGCUGGGAAAUUGCUGGCUUCCCAUGACAGAAGUCCUCCCAAGUACUUCUCCUGCCUUUUAUCCAUGCUUGCUCCUUUUGUGGCCUUGGGUAAGUCACUUAAAUUUUCUGGUGCCAGUUCCUCAUCUUGUGUAAAUGGGCCUGAGUGUAUGAAAAUCAGAGCUAUGCCAGGUUACAACAGCAGGGGACCAGGCCCUCUGUGUCUGUCUCCUCCCAUUUCUAAAAUGGGGAUAUUAACAUGUACCUACCUCACAAGGAUGCUGUGAGGAUUAAUACUCAUACAGCGCUUCAAAGAUGUAAAGUGCUAUACAAGUUCCAAGUAUUAUUGUAACAUAGUGUUAAAAAUGCUUCCAGGGAUUUGCAGGACAUCUUGUAAGAGCCUGGAACAUGUGACUGCCUUUUUGAUUUGCAUCAGAUGGAAAGCAAAUGCAAAAUAUUUAUUCUUAAUGUCUAACAGGAAAGGCUUAGUUGCACUUGAACUCGGAGGAGGGUUUAGCGAGAAAGUCUGAACUCUAAUUGCACUUCUGCAAAUGGUUUUUAGUUCUUCUAAAAAUCUCAACUAAAUCCUUAAGAUGUAAACUUUGCAUCCAAAUUUUGCAGUCGGGUCUCAUCCCCAACUGUUAGCUAGAAUAAAUCUAAUCCAGCCAAAAUGCAGUGCUCUCAGUCUAUCAUGACUGUUGAAAAGACUGGAACAGAACAUGAAGUUAUUCUGUUUGACUUGCAUUUUGCAGAAGGUCAGCUCAGUUUCAUGGGACAUCUUACAAAGGGACGUUUAAUUUCUGCGACUGUAAAUUUCACUGGCUUUAAAACCAGCCAAGAGGGAAGGCCAUGAUGGGAUCAGUAAGGUCAGCACAUCCUUCUUGGGAUUACUUCCUUUUCACCUGCAUGAAAGUAGGAGUAGGCUGUGCAGAGAAGGAAGUGCUUGUACCAUCAGUCCUAUGGCCCAGAGCUUUGUAGAUUAGAAAUACAGCUCUGAACCAUCCCCACAUUCUCAGCUGGUAUAAAAAUGCCCCACUUCACUGAUUUCAAAUCUGAUCCCGCAGCUAGAAGGUACUUGGUUCUGAUAGCACUAGCUGCGCUGUACAAACACAAAUGAAGACAAGCAACGACACACCAAGGAACGCGACUGGUGUACAUAUAAAAUGGACCAUAAUUUCGAAGCAGCUGCAGUAAAAUCUUAUCUUAAUAUGAACUCAGAAGCAAACACAAUGCAAAUUUUUAUUGUUUCUUUAAAAUGUUUGUUGGGUUUUAGUUUUCUUAGUUUGGAGGAAGUUCUCUUGAUGUUAUUUUAUUUUUGCUCUUACUGUAAGAAAUAAAAAUGUACAACUCUAGACAGACUACAAAUUCAAAAAAGGUGGCCAGUUGGCGGGAAUGCCAAAACUUCUGUGGCUUGUAUUGUUUCUGUGGUGACACUAUGCUGCUGUAGGAUGAGCUACUGGAGUGGUGCGAUGGUACAGCAGUGAGGCUGAAGCACAAGGCCCUCUGCAGGCUGAGCUCCAGCAAUGGGAGCACAACUGGGCCAAUUUUGAUUGGUAAAAAGAGAGAAGCACCAUCAGGAAAUAAUCUCUCUCCUGACAGUUCAAACACAAAGACCAAAUCUAGCUCACUGGGUCAGGGUGCUGAAUCAGGACAAAUGCACAGGCCUAGACCUUGCUCUUGCAGCCUGCUGUUAGGACCAGGACCUACAUUCACCAGGGGAGGCUUGCUCUAGGCCUACAGUGCUAGCAGGGUCAGGCCAGCAGAACCUGGCCCUUAGUUAAAAAAAAAACCCAAAAAACUUCCCCCAAAACCCAACAACCCCAACCAAACGAUAAAGCAAAGCAAAGAGCAAAUGCCAUUGAAUAAGCACUACUUCUGCCUGGCUAAUCCUGCAGGGCUGGCUGGUCUGUCCUGAACACUAAUAUCCGUCUUGUACCCAGUCCGAGCCUCUUGCUCCAUCCCCUCGCCCACAUGCUCCAGGCAGAGUGCACUGAAAGAUGUGCCUGAAGCAGCUGCUCUCCCUCGGAGAGUCAGCAUAUUGCCACGUCUGAAAGUUUCUAGCACUUACUUCUUUUACUAUGAUUGUAAAGGUCACCACCUACAGUACGGCCACUUGAUCUGGGAUCUUUUCUUAACACAUUUUUAUGCUGAUUUUACUAUUUUAAUUCUUUGGAAUGUAUUUUUUUUUCUUCAUUUCUUCUGUGUGUAACAGCAAUUAAAAAUAUUAAUUUACUGAGUAUUUUUACCAUGCA